CUUGCGGCUUCUCUUUCAUUAUCCCCUGGCGCCGUCAGACAUUCUCAGUCCGUCGCCAUUUCCGGCAAUCUUCGUUUUCUCUCGCAGAUCGCACUCUCAAACAGUCACAAUAGAAUCAUUAUCAUAUCAAAGAACACUAGUGUGAAUAUACGGGGAAGAUGAAGUUCCAAAUCGAAGAUGUAACAGUCUACUUCCCCUACGAUCACAUAUAUCCCGAACAGUACUCCUACAUGAUCGAGCUCAAACGAGCCCUAGACGCCAAAGGCCAUUGCCUCCUUGAAAUGCCCACCGGUACCGGAAAAACCAUCGCCCUUCUAUCAUUGAUCACCAGCUACACUCUUUCUAAACCAUCUAAUCCCGUUAAACUACUCUACUGUACUCGCACGGUGCACGAAAUGGAAAAAACCCUAGCCGAGCUCAAGCUCCUUCACAAGUACCAGCUCGAGAAUAUCGGUCCUUCUGCUCGGAUGCUUGCCCUUGGGCUUUCGUCGAGAAAGAAUUUGUGUAUAAAUCCCGAUGUGGUUUCUGCGGAGAAUCGGGAUUCCGUUGAUGCGGGAUGUCGGAAACUUACCGCUAGUUGGGUUAGGGCGCUUGCUAUUGAAAACCCUAAUAUUCCAACUUGUUCGUUCUUUGAGACCUACGAGAAGGCUGGCUCUGAUGCUGUUUUGCCUCCUGGAGUGUAUACUUUACAGGAUCUGAGGAUGUUUGGGAAGGAGAAAGGGUGGUGCCCAUACUUUCUAGCCCGCCACAUGAUCCAAUUUGCAAAUGUGGUGGUUUAUAGCUACCAAUACUUGCUUGAUCCCAAAGUAGCUGGCUUCAUAUCAAAGGAGAUGCAAAGAGAGUCUGUAGUCGUGUUUGAUGAGGCUCACAAUAUUGAUAAUGUCUGCAUUGAAGCCCUAAGUGUGAGUGUACGCAAACAAACACUUGAAGGGGCAACUAGAAACCUUAAUAAAAUGUCUCAAGAGAUUGAAAGGUUUAAGGCCACUGAUGCUGGUAGGUUGCGUGCUGAAUACAACCGACUUGUUGAUGGUUUAGCACAAAGAGGGAACUUACCCCUUGGUGACACGUGGCUUGCAAAUCCUGCAUUGCCUGAUGAUAUCUUGAAGGAGGCAGUGCCUGGAAAUAUACGGAGAGCAGAGCAUUUCUUGUCUGUUUUGCGCAGAUUAGUGCAGUAUUUGAAAGGGCGUUUGGAUACUGACAAUGUUGAAAAGGAGGGCCCACUUACAUUUGUUAAUGCUGUGAAUUCACAUGUUGGAAUUGACCAAAAAAUGCUGAAAUUCUGCUAUGAUCGUCUGCAUUCGCUUAUGUUGACUUUGGAAAUAACUGAUACGGAUGAAUUUCUGCACAUUCAAACAAUUUGCGACUUUGCAACACUUGUGGGGACAUACACCAGAGGGUUUUCAAUCAUAAUUGAACCUUAUGAUGAGAGAAUGCCCCAUAUUCCUGAUCCAGUCUUGCAGCUUAGCUGCCAUGAUGCUUCUCUUGCAAUAAAGCCGGUGUUUGACAGAUUUCAGUCGGUUGUGAUCACAUCUGGAACACUAAGCCCCAUUGAUCUGUAUCCUCGGCUUCUUAAUUUUAAUCCAGUGGUUAGUAGGAGUUUUACCAUGUCUUUGACAAGGGAUUGCAUAUGCCCCAUGGUUCUCACACGUGGAAGUGAUCAGCUUCCAGUUAGCACAAAAUUUGAUUUGAGAAGUGACCCUGGAGUGGAAAGAAAUUACGGAAGGCUUUUAUUGGAGAUGGUGUCAGUGGUUCCUGAUGGAAUUGUUUGUUUCUUUGUGAGUUACUCGUAUAUGGAUGCCAUUGUCAACAGUUGGAAUGAAACAGGGAUCUUGAAGGAAAUAAUGCAACGUAAACUGGUGUUUAUUGAGACACAAGAUGUGGUUGAAACUACUUUAGCACUGGACAAUUAUCGUAAAGCCUGUGAUUGCGGGAGAGGUGCUGUGUUUUUCUCUGUUGCUAGGGGAAAAGUUGCAGAAGGUAUAGACUUUGACCGACAUUAUGGGAGACUUGUAAUCAUGUUUGGCAUUCCUUUCCAGUACACAUUAAGCAGGAUAUUACUUGCUCGGUUGGAGUACCUGCGAGAGACUUUUCAGAUAAAAGAAGGGGACUUUUUGACUUUCGAUGCAUUGAGACAAGCUGCUCAAUGUGUGGGACGAGUUAUCCGUUCAAAGGCAGAUUAUGGAAUGAUGAUAUUUGCUGACAAGAGAUAUACCCGACAUGACAAACGGUCAAAAUUGCCUGGGUGGAUUCUGUCUCAUCUGCGUGAUGCCCACCUCAACUUGAGUACAGAUAUGGCUGUCCAUAUAGCAAGAGAGUUUUUGAGGAAAAUGGCACAGCCUUAUGAUAAAACGGGUGGUAGUGGAAAGAAAACACUCCUCUCACAACAAGACUUGGAAAAGAUGAAUGGUACUGAAGGGAUCAUGUUCUGACUCUGAGUGUAACUGCAAAAACAAAAAAGUUUUGCCCACUUUAUUGCCAUCCGCUUUUCAAAGUCUCAUUUUCUGUCUUUGUUGCUAAUUUAUUAUUAUUAUUAUGGAUGGACUUCUCUUACA